AUAUGAUCACUUUUCACAUGACCGAUGGUCUAUCGUCAUCGCCCAUUUUCUGUCGUUUUAUGACAAUUCUGGGCUAAAUACUUACUUUUAGUCCGCAAACGUCCACUAGCUUUAGUAAUAAGCCUUCAAAAUGGCGUUUAGCUUAGUGUUCACGUUAUUAGCCCUUAGCGCGGUAAGUUACGCGACCAAUGUGCCAGUGUACCUAUGGGGCGAUCUGGCCAAGACUUCGCUAAAAGCCAGCCCCUUAUACACCGUGGAACCCGAAGAAUUCAGUGGUAUUCUGAACGAGGAGCUGUCCAGGGACCCUUUUACGGUGAUAUUUAUCGAAGAAACGUUGUCUGUUGAAGAUUUUUCACGUAAGAACGCCGAAGGUAAAACGUCGUUCCCGUUUCUGAGGGACAACAUUCGUAACUCGGCUUAUUUGCCGUCGGUGGAGAACGCUCUGGGCGCGCUGAACAAGCUCGCCGAUCCCGAGAAAGUGAAUCACGUGAAGCUUACCGAGAAUGGUCUGUCGGCUGAAAUCGAGCCAGAAAGUGGCAAAUUCUUAUUUAUCAACCUUAAGGACGCCAAAGAGGGGGAAUCACGCUUUGACUUGCUACGCCGCCACAAUGACUUCAUGGAAGAUAUGUUCACCAAGCUUCAGGAGCGUUAUGAGACAGUUGUGGCGAUCUACACUGCUCACUUCCCGUCUUGGACGGUGAGCCACUCCCGCGUCCGUCGCCAGGCUCAGAGCAACGAGACCCAGAGCGAUAGCUCCACGUUGAUGUUCGGCGGGUUGCUCCUCGCCUACAAAAGCGUCAGACUGAUUGAUGAUAAUGCUGAGACCGUGUUGACGGCCAUAACUGGGUCUUCCGUCAUUGAUGCUAAUGCUACGGCGCCUACGCAGAACUCGACCCUUACGUCAGGAGAGAACACCAUUGUUCUCUACUUCACGCAGGAGCCGGGAUAUUGGAUUUUGCAAAAGGCCUCCUGGUCGAACAGCACCGAGUCCAAGGAUCUAUCACCAGCCCAGGACCUGACGGUGCCGCUGGGAUUUAGCUACCGCUGCGCGCAGAACGUGUCCUUCACACACGUCAACGACUCCAAGCAUUUCACCCUGACCUUCAAUGAUCUGAAGAUCCAACCGUUCUUCAUCAACAACUCCACCGGCCUCGUCUUUGGUGACUCGCUCAACUGCGUCGGCUUCUUCACCGCCCCCAUCUGGGCCUCCCUCUUCGUCACCUUCAUUCUGCUCUUCAUCAUGUUCUUCGGCAUUAUGAUGAUGAUGGAUAUCCGCACCAUGGACCGCUUCGAUGACCCCAAGGGCAAGACCAUCACCAUUAACGCUGCUGAGUAAGUUUCUGAGCGGGUUUGAGACAAUUAUACAUAAGCCUAAUGUCCUUUAUAUAGGAUUUUUUUUUAGCUUUUUGUCCCUUUAUAAACAUUUUUGUAAUUUGUACAGUGUUUAUUAUAUAGUAUUUUAAUAGUUUAAGUAUUAAAUGGCGUAUUUUUGUUUAAAAGUUUGAAUGUAUGUCAGUUUUUUCAAACAGCAUUUUUUAAAUAUUUAAUUUUAUAAGUGUUACAUAGUGAUUUUGAACCGGCCUAACGAUUAAAAUCUAUUAAUUUAAUUGUCUUAAACCCCUAGCGUAAGCCUACUAAAGUAAGUAUAGAACCUCUAUAGAGCUCAAAGUUUCCAACUAUUUAUUAUAACUCGUGAAAAAAAAUAUAUGGCUGCAUUAAUGCGAUUUAAGCCUUAUGACAAGGAAUACUAUCGAAUAUGCAUUAAACUCGCUGAAGUUAGCCUGUGUUCCUAGUAAUAUACUGAUAUAUAUGAAAAUUGGUGCCUCUAUUCACAAUACUAGUGUUUAAUAUAUUUCUAAUGCUUUUAAAUUGGAUUGAUUAUAUUGUUCAGUAUUGCUUAAAUAUUUAAAAUAUAUAUUAUGCUUAUGUUCGGUACCUAUAGCUUGUUAUAUCUUGUUGAAGUCUGUUAGUGUAAAUACAAGAAUGUACAGAUGCGUCACUCAGGUCAUAAGCUCUCAAGGUCAACCAGUGUAAGAUGUGAGGAUUGCCUCCUACCAUAAACACAAGAAAUAUUUUCAUCUUUGAUUAAUUUAUUUACUAAUUAUGAAAAUCGAAAAAACUUGUGGAAAGUAACUGUUCUUUUCUUGUUUUUACACCACAUGUAUGUAUACAGUAUACAAUUAUUUAUUAUUUGCCCUAUGUCGGCCUAUUAAUAAUGUAUUAAGCUGAAAGUAUACUGUUUCAUGUUCCAUUUUAAAGAUUUUGUAAACCAGUAACUUAUUAGAAUUAAAACCGAUCAUGUGCCUACGAUCUACAUAAUUAAAGUAGUUUAUAAAUGCAUGUUUGAAAGCAAAAAACCCUAUUUGAUUUUUGACUCUAUUGAAUCGCGUUAAGGUUCAUUCCAUUUAUUAUUUGGAAUUUUGCUUUUAAACAUGGACGAGUAGAUUGUUAUGGCUUCUUAGGUAUAUUAGAAGGUGCGAAUAGAACACUACAUACAAAGUUAAAGGACUGUUUUAAUGUUAAGCUGAACGCCGAUUAAAGUCAGUAGAACGUGUGAUAAUAUGAAUUGAAAUAAAACAAUAUUAAUUUCAAGUUAGGUAUCGAUGGAUUA